AUGGUGCCAGAUCAUCAACGUUCUGAAUCGCACUCGCCUUUCCUUAUGUCUAUGGAAGGGACUGUCAAUGAAACAGGCUGGAGCAUUUCCAUGCCUACUGGAAGUAAAUAUCACCUCUACAUUGGCUUGGCUUUGGCGAUAGGUUCCAGUAUCUUUAUUGGUUCUAGUUUCAUACUGAAGAAGAAAGGACUUUUGAAACUGGCAGACAGAGGUGUCACCCGAGCUGGACAAGGUGGAUAUUCUUAUUUGAAAGAAUGGCUUUGGUGGGCUGGACUGCUAUCAAUGGGAUUAGGAGAAGCUGCAAACUUUGCUGCCUAUGCCUUUGCACCUGCAACCUUAGUUACCCCACUGGGUGCACUGAGUGUUCUCAUAAGCGCCAUAUUGUCAUCCUAUUUUUUAAAUGAGAAGCUGAAUAUUCAUGGAAAGCUGGGAUGUGUACUGAGUGUUUUGGGAUCAACAGUCAUGGUUAUUCACGCCCCAGAUGAGGAAGAGGUCACCUCACUAGAUGAAAUGGAAAGAAAGCUGCAAGAUCCAGCAUUUGUCACAUUUGCUGUUCUCAUAACAGUUGUUACCGUUGUCCUGAUUUUUAUCGUGGCUCCAAAGAGAGGUCAGACAAACAUAUUGAUCUACAUUUUAAUUUGCUCACUCAUUGGUGCCUUCUCUGUCUCAUCUGUGAAAGGCCUGGGCAUUGCCAUUAAACAAAUGCUGGAGCAGAAGCCAGUUUAUCGACAUCCGCUGGUUUACGUUUUGGUGGGCACCUUGGUGCUCUCAGUCAGCACUCAGAUCAACUAUCUCAACAAAGCACUGGACGUGUUCAACACAUCUCUAGUGACACCUAUUUAUUACGUGUGUUUCACUACGACAGCUGUGACAUGCUCCAUCAUCUUGUUCAAGGAGUGGAAUAGUAUGCAACUGGGUGAUAUCAUUGGAACCCUAAGUGGAUUCUGCAGUAUCCUCAUUGGCAUUUUCCUAUUGCAUGCCUUCAAAAAUACCAACAUCACCUGGAAUCAGUUGAUGUCCACUGUUGCCAAAGAACCAUCACCAACACGCCGUAAAUAUGAAACCAGUCACACUUUACUAGGGAGCAUGGAAGAUCCAGCUUUGGUGUAUGAGGAGGACAACAUUUUGUUCAGUCAGUGAAACUCUCUAAG